UCGAGCAGAUUUGUUCCAAGAGCGGAUAUAUUUGGAUCAUCACCAUGACAACGCCAGGGAUUACAUUCGAGGUGACCUCUGACCUGCUCCCUGACCUGGCAUGGAACGAGACAACUUCUACCGAAGAGGGAUUGUCGCCUCGGGUCAACUUGAUUCGACUGGUUCGCCAGGUCAUCAUUUUAUUUUCCCUUCUUACCAUCAUGAUCGCUAUGGGUUGCUCAAUCACUGUAGAUGAUUUGAAGAAAGGCAUCCGACGUCCCCUGAGUGCUCUGAUUGGGAUGCUAUGUCAGUUCGUCCUCUUGCCUCUGAUAGGGUUCUGUUUGGCGUUGGCCUUCUCCCUUCCUGCACCCUACGCUCUCAGUGUGCUCAUCGUUACCUGCUCACCGGGGGGAAACGUAUCCAGUGUCUUUACUUACUGGACUAAUGGCGAUGUAUGCCUCAGCAUUUGUAUGACAGCUGUGUCAACGGUAGUAGCCAUUGGGAUGAUGCCGCUCAAUCUCCUUAUCUACAGUCGCCGCUGGACGGAUAAGAAAGCAGUCAUUCCCUUCAUCAACAUCAUCAUCGGAUUGGUAGCCAUUGUAAUCCCGGUCCUCAUCGGCAUGUUGAUCAGAUGGAAGAAGGAGAGGUGGACCAAACCAAUUUCGAUGGCUGGCACCAUCAUCGGUAUCAUUCUUCUCAUCGUAAGCGUAGUCCUAGACUACAUCGCCGUCCCCACACUCUUCAUUGCCACAUGGGAACUCUGGCUCAGCGCCGCUCUCGUUCCGCCAAUCGGCUUCCUCGUCGGGUACGCCAUCGCCUUCGUCAGUCGACGGAUUCCCGAACACUGCCGUACCAUCGCCUUCGAGACCGGCUGCCAAAACGUCGCGCUCGCCCUCGCGCUCGUCAAGUUGACCUUUCGAGAUGAUCACGUGAUGGAAGGGGCCAUGAUAAAGUUUCCGAGCAUGUACGCGGUAUUUAUGAUAAUCUAUGCCGUGUGUUUCAUCACUGCUUUCCGUCUCUAUGUGCGAUACAAGGCAAACAGGGACUAUGAUUUUACAGCCAUACGUGUGGAUGAGAAAAGGAACGACGGAGAGAGCAGAGUAGACGAUGGAGAAGAGAAUCUUUAG